CAGACUUAAGAAGGGAUGCUUCAAGGAGUUAUCUAGUGCAACUUUUUGACCGUUCAUCCCGUUCAUCCUCGAUUCCAUCAAAUCAAUUUAUUUCUCUUUCAACUAAGAAUUAGCCCACGUUAGAUUUUUUCUCUUUAAAAUUCAAUAGCCUGGUUAGCUAAUAGUAUUAAUAAUAAUAAAAAAAAAGAGAGAACAGCGUAGGAAGUUUUGCAAUCUGACUGCGCCACUUAAAAUUGUAAACAAGGAACGGUAUAGCAAAAAUGGACUACUCGUCAAUGCUUAAACACUUAGCAAAGGAGGCCGGUAUCGUUGUGCCUCCUAAUUCCUUUUCUAAAUCUGGUUCACCUUCUCUUAAUAAAAAUGAAAAAUCAAGUAAACUAAGUAAGUGUUCAAAGUGCGGUGGAACACGUACCGCGAUAGGGUGGUGUCGACCAUGCGACACAGCAAAACUAAAAGCUCAUUUCAAGAAUUGGACAAGUGGCAACGAAGAACUCGACCAGUUUAUAAGAGAAACUCAACUAAACGCGAAUACACCUUUUGAUUAUAUGCGUUGGAUUAAUUUCGACAGUUUCUCAGAUGUUAAGUUUGAAGCUCAAGGUGGCUUCGGUUUGGUUUAUUCAGCAAAAUCUAGUGCAUGGGGUAAAGUUGCACUCAAGUUUCUUGAUAAUUCGGAGAGCCUAGCUAGUGAUUUUUUGGACGAGCUUCGAGCACAUCAUAGAUGUAGUCUUGGAUCGGGAAUUAUCGAUUGUUAUGGUGUUAGUAAAGAUCCAGAAACUAAUCGAUAUGUAAUGGUAAUGCGAUUUGCUGAUCAUGGAAGUUUACGAAAAUAUUUAACAAAAUAUUUUGCUGAAUUAUCAUGGGAUGAGAAAAUUAUAUUAUUUGACCGUAUUGCUAAAGGUCUUCAAGGCAUUCAUGAUUCUGGUUUAGUACACAGAGAUUUUCACAGCGGGAACAUAUUACGGCACGAAAAGCUCGUCUAUGUCACAGAUUUAGGAAUGUGUCGACCAGUAAAUGAGUCUGAGGAUUCGAAAAAAGUUUAUGGUGUACUUCCUUAUGUAGCUCCAGAGGUGUUAAGAGGAGAUUCUUACACGCAAAAAGCAGAUAUUUACAGUCUGGGGAUGAUAAUGUGGGAGAUGUCUUCUAAUGAACCACCUUUUUCUGAUCGUGCCCACGAUUAUUCGCUAGCCAAUGAUAUUUGUAAUGGACUUCGACCUCCAAUCAUUUCCGGAACUCCUAAAGGUUACGUGGCCGCUAUGCUUCGGUGCUGGGAUGCCGAUCCAUCAAAGCGACCAACCGCGGCCGAUUUAUUAAAUGUAUCCGCCAAAUGGCGAUAUCUUUCCGAUGGUAAAGCUCCAUUCCAAGGUCCAAGAACAAAGAAAAUUAAAACUGGAUCAGUGAAGUCGGUUAUCACCAAUUCAGGCGCUGUGCACCCACAAGCUUUCUACACAAGCCGAUUGUUACAUUUUCCACACUUACCUGAACCUAGAAAUUCAGAAACAUUUACACUUUUUGAUCCUACAACUGGAGAAUUACUUACGAUGAUCCGAAAGUCGAGUUCUAAGAGAGAUCCAGCCGGGUCUGCAACUAAUGAUAACAAAGGCAAAGAAAAGGCCAGAGAAGAUUAUCAAACUCAUAAUGGCCGAAGAGAAGUUACUAGAAGUAUGACCCUAGGUAAGGUUGAUAAAGAAAUGAUUGACAAGUUAAAAGCAGAUCGUAGGCAACAUUCACAUUAUCGAUGGUCUUCUAUUAUUAACGAAGUUCCUAGAGAAGUUGAACUUUAUAGAGUAGAUGAAAAAGAGAAACAAUCGUAAAUUUCAAAAUUUCAUAUAUAUAUAUAUGUGUAUAUAUAUAUAUAUAUAUAAAAAUACUAUUCAAAAUAUU